AGACCACAACCCCCGGCGUGCCUUGCGCGGCGUGCGGACUACGGCUGCCCGGAGGCGCCGCCGUCUCCCCCGCUGCCGUCCCGGCGCUCUCUGCGCGCGCUGCCCGGCUGCAGGGCGGGCGGCGGUUGCCCGAGCUGCGGCGCUGCCGGCGCGUGCGCCGAGGGGCGGUCCUGGCGGGGCAGCCUGCGGGAGCCGAGGCCAGGUUGAGUGGACUCCUUCUGGAGCUUUCCCCGCUCUCCGCGGGACGGCGGCGGCCGCGCCGCGCAGGGCCGCCCCCGGCGUCCCGUCCCGCCCCCUGCCGCGCGGCCGUCGGGGGUCCUCUUGUAAUGGAAGAAAAUGGAGUUGAUCAUGAUGUCACUAUGGAAAGAUGCAGUGACUUGUUGGUAAUCAACUGUAGUAGUACAGCAGAGUCAAAAAGAGAUGAUCGGAUUUUUAAGCAUCUAACCUGCAUGGAUUCCAGGGAACCCUCGUUUGGACAGAGUGACUCCCCCGCAGCCUUGCCGAUCACAGUACGCGUCUCGGGUGGUUCUCCGACCUCGGCUGUGCCUGUGCGGCUGUCCCAGCCACAUCCUCUCUCUGCAGAGGAGUUCCACCUGGUAAACCCAGACGGCCAACCUCUCUAUGAGCUGCAGUCGCUGGGAGGGCCGAGUACGCAGAUGAUGAUUGUUGCCAGCCAUUCAGAAAAUGGACAGGUGCUGCAUGUCAUUCCUUCUGCCCAGCCAGGAAUGGCCCAAGUGAUUAUUCCUCAAGGACAGCUUCUGGAUGUGACCAGCACACAGGAUGUUUCAGAAGAGAAGUGCGAUGAUGGGAACUUGCAGACGGUAGCGGUGGCUGCUAUAGGAGACAGUACAAGCAGUUACAUUCUACAUCCACAUGCAUCUCUCUCUGUAUCAAAAAGAAACACCACCAGGCUAGUGGAAGAUCCCUUUCCUAUCCCUGUCCAGCCGUUGCCCCCAAAUACACCUCCAUGGGCGCGCCGUCUCAGGAACUGUGAGAAAAUUGGGGACUCGUACCGCGGCUAUUGUGUGAGCGAGACAGAAUUAGAGAGUGUUCUAACGCUACACAAGCAGCAAACACAAAGUGUGUGGGGGACGCGCCAGUCUCCAAGCCCGGCCAAACCUGCCACACGGUUGAUGUGGAAAUCUCAGUAUGUCCCAUAUGAUGGGAUCCCAUUUGUCAAUGCAGGAAGUAGAGCCAUUGUAAUGGAGUGCCAAUAUGGGCCAAGGAGGAAAGGUUUCCAGCCCAAAAAAGCUGGUGAGCAGGAAAGCGCCUCUGGCCACCUAUACAAAGCCACUUGUCCAGCGAGGAUCUAUAUUAAGAAGGUUCAAAAGUUUCCAGAGUAUAGAGUUCCCACUGACCCUAAAAUUGACAAGAAAAUCAUAAGAAUGGAGCAGGAGAAAGCAUUCAACAUGCUGAAGAAGAACUUGAUAGAUGCUGGAGGUGUCCUCAGGUGGUAUGUACAGUUACCCACUCAGCAGGCCCACCAGUAUCACGAAAUGGAAACUUCAUGCCUUCCUUCUUCACCUUCCCAUUUUCCUAUGCCUUCUCCGGAGGAAGAGGAAGAAGUUGUUAGAGAUGAGAACUGUACUUUGCCUUCUCGACUUCAUCCUCAAGUAGCAGACAAGAUCCGAGAACUGGUGUCUCAGGGAAUAGAACAGGUCUAUGCAGUGAGAAAGCAACUAAGAAAGUAUGUGGAAAGAGAAUUAUUCAAGCCUGAGGAAGUGCCAGAGAGGCAUAACCUGUCUUUCUUCCCCACUGUGAAUGACAUCAAGAACCACAUUCAUGAAGUGCAGAAGUCCCUGAGGAAUGGGGAGAUGGUGUAUAAUUCAGAAAGCAUACCAGCAACGCUGCAGUGGACCACAGACAGUGGGAAUGUUCUCACAGAAACAGUGACUGUUACGUUUGCCUCACCACCUUCAGAUGGGAGUUCACCAGCGGAGUCAGUCAUCACGAAAGCAGAAUCCAACCAGAGCGGGGAGUCCUUGCUACCAGAAACAGCUCAGCUGUUGUCUUCGCUCUCUUCACUUCAGCCCAAGAUAUUUGCACAACUUCAGGGAUUACAGCUGCAGUCAACUUUUACCUCCACAAAUGGAUCAACAGCCCUGAUAGCUGUAAACAACCAUUCCCCUCCCAGCCCUGCAAGUCUCUUGGAUUCCAUAGGAAGUGCAAUAACCAACCAGCUUAAUCAGGAACACAGUCUGCAAGUGAGCGCUGGCCUAACACAGCAUAGCACUGCAGGCUCUGCUUUUGGGCAUCCGCCUGGCUCUGAGCAAAGUCUGGUCACCAUGGGCCAACUGGUGGCAGUUGGAGGGGUAGAUGACCCCAGGAGCCUAGAAGGAGGAGUCCAUCAGAUUCUCUUGGGAGAUGUACAGACUAUUCCAGUACGGAUCAUGGACAGCCAUCCACUUACUGAAGAAAAUCCAGAGGGUAUUAUCUGUGUGAGCCCUGUUAAACAAGAACCCAGAGAAAAAGCAUUGUCUGUGGAGACAGAUAAAAUCAGAGACUGCCAGAGUUCCUCACCUAUUUGAAUCUGUGAAAGCCGUAAGGAUUUUUCAAAUCGAAGGACUCUCAAUGUCUUCGAAAGAAAGGUGGAUACUCUCGAAGUUAUGCCAUUCUUUUUAAAUGGCACUGUGACAUUCAGACUAGGCAUAUUUUACACAAGUUCUGAUGGACAGUUGCUUUGAUUUACAGCUGAUAUGGUUCACUGCCAAUUCCAGGUCAUUCACUUCCCAUCUGGAAUUCCACCUCUCUCUUCUAUUUCAAGUUUUUAGUAGUUUGGAUGAUAUCCAGAUGGUCCAUUUUGGUCGGCAUUUCUGAAGGUCUUCCACAAUUAAAUUCCUUAGUUUUAGAAUGUGGAUCAAAAUUUUGGUUUUGCUUAUCUCCUUGAGACCCUCAACUGUUGUGGUGCUCCAAAGACCGCAGAGUUUGCCAGCUGUAAGACCACAGAAUCCAAGAACAAAGUGCUUCAACACAGCAAUAGUUUUGUGGCCAAAUGAAGGUCCCAGGUGCUACAUUUCAAAGAUGAUGAGGGAAGAAGAAAAUGCGACUUUGACCUGAUCGUAAUGCUAAUGGUGUGAAGAUCAAGGAAAGGAGAAAGGUGAGGUUGCCAGGUGAAAGUAAGGUUGAAUGAUGAAGAAAAGUGUGUGAAUUGUAACAGUGAAUGUUUUCAACUUUGACUUCUUUAAAUUUAUGUUCUGGCUUUAUAAUGAGGUCAUUUGCUGCUUGCAGCCUUUGUUCACAUCUAAAAGCAGGAGUCCUGUCUCCUGGAAAGUGAUUGAUGCUGCAGUUUCAGCUUACCUCCUUUUUGCUUUAUGCGCUUAUACUAUAAACUUGGAUAGAUAUGAUUUAACCUGCUGCUGUUUCUGAUGUGGGGAUUAUAGAUGCAGUACUAACAGAGAGAGGCCCAGGAAGACAAAGCAAGUAAUAUAAAUCCAAGCAAUAUGUGUAAAAGUGCUGUCAUUAUAACAUUCAGAAAACAAAGUUGUCUUUUUUAAUAGUAGCAACUUCUGACUAAAGUGGUCUGUAUUUCUUAAAAUGUUAAUGGAAAUCUUUUAAAAACUGAAUAUGAUCAAGGAAUAUCUUUCAGCAACAUUUAAGCCAAAGCCAUAAGUGACAAGAACUGAGUUACGUGAUCUGUGACAGACACAUUUCUUUAAUUAUACCUACAGAUAACUUGGAAUCUAUUUAGAGCAGUAAAUGAAACUGAUUGCAACAUAGAUACCAAGUUAAAGAAUGCCAUGGUUUGUUUCAGAUGUUGAAUUUUUAGGGCAUUGUGCAGUCCGUGUACAGCAGUACUAACAGUUCCGUUAUUAGUUCCUACUAAGUUUUUGAGAAGUUGAUCAUGAAAUCAGAUUUUUUUCUGUAUGCUGUACAAGAAGGCAAUCUGAGGAGUUUCUCUUUUUCACACUAAAAAAGAAGAAGAAGAUUGAAUUAUGUAGAGGACAAAGGAAUACUACUUGAACAUAAGGAUUAAUGUUUUUAAAAGAAUAGUUUUGUUAACAUACAUUCAAGGCAUUCACAAAUAUAAAUUAGAUACUGGACAUUUAAAAUUAUUUUUAAUUUCCUUACUUCUGUGUGUUUAAAGCUAAAGCUUUCUAAAGUUUCCCAUUCAACUUGGGUUCCAAAAACUUCCAUAUGCAGCAUCUGUUAGGUAGGUGCUAUGUUUUAGUCUUACCUUAAAAUAUAUUAACUUCUGUGAGGUUAACUAAUACUGUUAAUGUUGUUCAUUUAAAGCUCAUGUUUGUGGGUUAGCUUAGAUUAGAACUUUCCAAUAGUAUAAUGUUCUUAUUAAAUAAGAGUAUUCUCUCAUGUAAGUGCAUAGAGAAUCUUCAGUUCUUUGGAGUCUCAUACUUUGUUUCUACACUGACUUCUUUUGUGGUCUGCCAUACUCAUUUCUGGGUAGGUAAAUCCCAUGAAAAUUACCAUUUUGUUCUAUUUUUUUUGUUUUAUUUUGUUAAAUUGUGCAAAUUUGUCCAGAAUGGAUGUUCUCUCCUUCUGCAAUCACAGAUGUGGAAUAGACAGCCAACCGUUACCUUUUCUUUUCAAAUUCAAUUACAAUAUGCUAAAAAAUGAGUAGCUCCUUCCACUCUGCUGUAUUCAGUGAUCCCAUCGCCUGUUUUUCUUAGGAUUUAAACUAAUGCAUAACAAGGUGUAUCACCUUUCUCAUUAUUACUCAUUUUUGAGAUUUGCUCCUCAUUUUUGGGGAAUGCUUAUUAUUCAAAGAAAAAAUUACCGCUAAAGAUUACCAGUGAUAGGUUAUUUCAGUUCUAGUUUUCUUCAAAGAAGGUGAUGAAUUUGUGGCUGGAGUAAGAAAUUAAGGAAAGAUAAGUUACAUUUCCACGAGUUCUUGCUUAGUUUCCCCAUUGACAGGUCUGUUCUUGAACAGUCGCUGUUCUUCCUGCCAUGAGCUACAGUCUAAUCUUGUGCUGAAUGAUAUAUUUGAAGGUACUUCUAUUUUUGGUUAUUGCUUGCAGCUGAAAGAAAUGCUCUUUUAGUCCAUUUUGAAUAGCAAGUUAUGAAGUGACUUUUGUAAUCUAGCCUGAUUUGCAUGGUAACCUGAAAACAAUAGAACAAAAAGUCGGAAGAAAUUUAAAGAAGCAAUAAUUAAUUAAGAACAAACAGUUGAUUUUAAAAACUGGGGAUAAGAGCUGCAGUUCUGUUCAUAGAAAAAAUUUAUUUGAAAUGUUUCUUCAGCCAAUACUCACAUUUUUGUUUCCAGAUACUUUCCUUUUCCCAGAAUUCCAGUUCUUUAUCUUCCAAAUGCAUACUCCAGUUUAUUACUGUGUUGCUUUUUGAUUUAACAUAACCUUUCCUCUUUAAAUAGUACAUUUACAUUAGUUUUGUGUGUGUUGCUGAUGGGUGACAUGAACUGAUCACUCAUGUCCAGUCUCUAUAGUUACAUUAACAUUUUAGUUCACUAAUAUCCACUUAGUUUACAGAAAAAAACUCUCAUAUGUAUAUAAAAAACCUCACAAGUAAACAAUACUACUUUCGAUGCACUUAAACUUGUUUGAAUAGAAUACUCAAAUUUGAUUUUUCUGAGAAAGCUGUAUCAUUUGGUACAAAGAAGUCAGUUAUGACUUUGUGUUGGAAUUGUAGAUGUUUUUCUCAUGUUUACUUUGUUAUGUUCAAGCAUUCAUUUUGCAAACCUAGAAGUCCUGCACUUCCACAGCACUGUAAAUGAGAAAAUUAUUCUCCAGUCUAUUCUCAUUGUUCAUUACCCAUAACAGUGGUUGGCUUGCAUCACAAGAAGGGCUUUCCUUAUGUAUGUGCUUGCAAAAAUAACUUUUUGCUGAACGGUAGAAAGUCAUAAAAAGACAUAUGUCCGUAGCUCUCAUUCAAGGCUGGCAGCUUCUUGAAUGGAAAACAGUAAUGUCAAUGAGUCCUUUUUGUGCUGUUCAAGAGCCCAAACUUGGUCAUGUUGUGUGAAGAUUAUUGCAGCUUGUACAAAAUCUAGAGAGACAAAUAUGUGUUUAUGUAUGUAUAUAUAUUUAUAUAGUAAUUUAAUGUAUAAUAUUCCUAUUCAAAUGUAAACUACUUUUUCUUUUAAAGAUAUGGUCUAUGUUGUGGUUAUGGGGGGCUCACAGGGAGAAAUACAAGAGCUACUUGAGGGCAGCGGUUGCUGGGGAAGGAGUGAGCAAGUAGGACAACUCCAAGGAGGCCAGGUGGAAGAAGGUCCUGAGGGCGUGUGAAAGAUGGGGGCCAGAGAGGCUGUGCUGGGGGCUCUGGAAUGGGAUUGCGAGCCCAUCACAAAGGCCUGGCGCAGCUCCAGAAUCCGUGGCAGUGGUGGGCUGGGUGAGUUCAGGGUGGGAAUUUGCAGAUAUGGAAGAAGAGGAAAGCCUGGCCAGCCCUCCAGACCAAGAGAGAUGCCUGAGUUUUGGUGAGUACCAGAGACAACUAAAUGUCUUCUCAUAGUCUGAGAUGCCCAUUCUUAUCUUUUGAUACAAAGAAGAAACUCCUCUUGGAGCUCUAACACAGGAAUAUAGCCUCUUUUCCUUUACAUCUUGGAGCUGUAACACAGGAAUAUAGCCUCUUUUCCUUUACAUCUUACCAAGGAAAGUAUGCCUCUUUUCCCAACUGAAUUAAUUUGCUGCUUGCCUUGUCCCUAUGAUUGCAGCUCUGUCUACCUCAAGCAUGCCCAGUCUCCAUCCAAGUCUCUCUUCCUUCACACUUACUAGUGCUCCCACCGAAAUCCCCUGCACUCAGGCUCUCUCAUUCUGUGUUUCACCAUGACAUCGUUGGCAGCAGUUGAUGAGUUCCCUCCGCAAGUAAAUACUGAUGAGGUUUACCUUUGUGUCAGUGUUUGUUUCUUCUCCCCAGGAUCCUAAGUCUCUAUGAUCCUUUAAUUUCAUUAAGUUUUUUUCAUUGCUUUGUUUGUGGUUUAUCAACCACACCUCCAGCACGGGAGCUGAGUGAAUACCAGACACCCAGAUUUCACAGGACCAUUGCUUCAUGCACAGUGACUGAAGAGAUUUGAGAAAACAAAGAGGAAAGGAUAGUUUCUGCCUACUGUUAGUGCUCCAUAUUGAGAAACUGGUCUCUGUCCUUCUUUACCACUUGAGUUCCUGAUUUUGCUUGUGGAGAAUAUCUUGCUGUUGAUUGAAACUUAUGAUUUGUUCCCCUGGGCCUAUUCAAGCAGAUAUGUAUUCAGAAGACUAGAUAGGAAGAAUCUAUUCCAAUAAGGAUAGAAAGCAUGCUGUAGCUGAGAAUGGGGCUGUGAAAAGAUACUGCUCUUCAUGGAUCUCUGUUGAGGAAGUUCUCUUUGACCUGCCCUUCCCUUCUGAAUAAGACUUUCUUCGGAAUAAACUUCAGAGCCUAUCCGAUUAGUAAUAAUUAUCUUCUCUCAGCAACAGCACACUUUGUUAAUGAAUGAAAGAAGCAUU